AACAUCGUGCGUUUCCAAAGGAAACGACUGAUCAAACUAGUUCUACCAGCAUUUCACCAGUCAGUAUUGAUAGAAACCAUAUUGGAGCACGCUAGAUACAUGAUACAGCGGUUAACCUGUUAGAUGGCGAGACACACCCAGCGGUUCACCAAAUUCCAAUCUGACGCUCUGUAAUUAGGCGGGCCUAGGAUGCGACGGCCCCCUAGGCCCGCUCACCGCGCAGCUAAGAACUCUCUGCAGGAUGGCUUUCGCUGUGCCGGCGCAAGUGUGUGCUAAACGACUGAAAAUGAUAGAGCCCACCGGCAAGGAGCUGCGAGAGGGAUGGGACCCAAUGGAUAUGUCUUAUAUGAACCUGCUGGAUGCUGCUGGGCCGACGGAGGAGGCCCCGACGGAGGCGGUCGCCGACGACGCGCCGCCCGACCCCGGGGAAGUGAUCAAGGUGUUUGAGGAGGCAAAGGGCAAUCUGGACAUCCUGGUGGACGUGGUCACCAACCUGGACCGGUCCUUUCUGGAGGCCAAGCCUUUCAGUGCGGGCAGGCGCCCGGGUGUGAAGCGCGAGGACGCGGUGGCCAACAGCCUGCAGAGCCGCGUGGCGGCGACCAGCGCGGCGCUGGGGCGGCUCAGUCGGCGGCUGGCGGAGGGGGCGGCGGCGCUGCAGGCUCACGUGGAGCGGGAGGACAAGUUCUACUGCCAGCUGCGGCAGCUGCAGAUGUUCUGGAAGAUCCACCUCAACCCCCGCGUCAUCGACUGCCCAUUCAUGGUGGACCUCUCCAUCACCGAGCCCAUGGCCGCAGCCUCCGGCGGCGGCGGCGGGCAGCAGGACGCGGCGGCGGGCGGCGGCGCGGCGGCGGCGGCCGCCGGCGCAGCCGCCAGCGGCGUGGCGGCGGGCCAGGCGCUGACUGGCAACACGUACGAGGUCGGAAGUGGGUCGCUGUUGGUUCCGCUGUUGAAGGACGAGGCGGGGGCGCUGCGAGUGCAGCUGGAGAUGCCGGAGGAGCGGCCGGACAUCAACGACUCCACUCGGACCGGCAGCACGCGCCUGAACGGGAAAGGUGCGCGCACGCUGCUGGUGGGUGGCGCGAGGCGGGUGCACGCGCUGCUGCUGCAGCUGCAGCGGCGGCAGCUGUGGCGCCAGGUGGCGGCGGGACUGGAGAAGGACGCGGCGGCCCUGGGGGUGGCGGCGGUCGGCGGCGGUGGCGCGGCGGCGGGCGCCACGGGCGCAGGCGCGGCGGCGGCGGCGGCUGCGGGUGGUGGUGGAGGCGGCGGCGGCGGGGCACACCACGUGCACGUCAGCCUGGCACGACUGGCCUCCCAGAACGUGCUCAUCACGCCCGACCCCUCCCUCGCCGCGCUGCGGCCUCUCAUGCUGGAGCACCUGCUCACAUGCCGCCUGCCACCGGCCUUCAAGCCCCCGCCGCCGCCGCCCCGCCCCCGCCCCGGCCACCUCACCUCCCUAGCCGCCGCCACCAGCGCCGCCGCCCAGGCCGCGCUGGCGGCGGCGGCGGGCCGCGCGACGGCGUCUGGUGGCGGCGGCGGUGGAGGCGGGCCGGCGCCUGGUCUGGUAUCUGGUCUGCCGCUGUUACCAGACCUGGCGGCGUUGUUAAACCAGAUGGUCUUCCGGGACCACCAGAGGUAUCACCUUGACCUCGAGGCGCACGCGCUGCCGUACGUGACGUUGCGCUGGCGCCCCGCCGGCCCCUCACUGCUCACCAGCGCCAUGGAGGUCCGCGUGGGGCCCAGCCACAGGGUGCUGGUCAUUGUGCGCGACGGGCGCACGGACGUGGAGGGCGUGGUGGCGCCGUCCGGGCCGCCCGCCGCCGGCAGCGGCGCCGGCGGCAGCCGCUGGGUGCGCGACACUCUCAUGGCCUUCACGCGGCACGACGUGCCCGCCGUGUUGCGGUCGCUGCUGCAGACACUGGGCCUGCCCCUCGACAAGCUCCUAGGCGUCACCGUCCCCGCCCACUUCGCGCCGCACCACCACUACAGUCACGGCGCGCUGGCCGCGUUGACCGGCGGCACCGCCGCCGGCGCGGGGGCUGUAGCAGGGGCGGGAGCAGGGGCUGUAGCAGGGGCGGGAGCGGGGGCGGGAGCAGGCGGGGUGGGGGCGGUGGAGGGUGGGGGCCUGCAGGGCGUGGCGAGCGGGCAGGUGCCGCCGGGGCCCGGCGGUGGGUUGGGUCACGGCCACGGCCACCACCACUCGCACCCCAACCUGCGCGUGGCGGUGGCGGCAGCUGGCGCAGGCAUCGCGGGCGGCGGAGGCCCGGGUGGAGUGGGACCUCACCUCGGCACGGGCCACGUGCAGGGCCACCCUUCGCCGCCAGGGUCGGAUUCGCCGCCCUCCAUUGCGUGGGUCCGUGCGGCUCAGCAGUCGGGACCGGCGCAGCCGCUGCCGAAGCACGAGCCCGCGCCCGGGCCGGCGUUGUGAGUCUGCAUCCGCUUCUUGUGAUAUGGUACUUACGGCGGCGGCUUCAUGUCGUUUUUGUAUGUGUUUUGGGUCGGACUGGCGCAUUUGGGUCAGGACUAAGGAGGCGUCAAACAAUGGUGAAGUAUAACAUUACCCAAAAAGAAUACGGACUGCAAACGGGUGGACGUGGCGUUCAAGUCGGGGCUUGGAGUUGCGUGGUUGCUACAGAGCGGUCCAGAGCGUGCCUUAAGAGCAGCCUGUCGUGCCUGUCCCCGGCGCCCGCUGCCUCGGCAAGCAGCCGUGUCGCUGAUGCUGUAUGGGGCGGUGGCGGCGAGCCCCAAGGAUCAUAGCAGGGGGCUGGAUCACUGGAUGCGAAUGCAGUGGGGGCCUGCGUGCGCACCACUCGCUGUAUGCGGGUGUGCGAUGGGUGGUCUGAUGGGAUAGUGCGGGCAGCUGGGGCGGGCAGCUGGGGCGGGCAACUGGUGCGGGCAACCGGGCAUGACUGGGACGCACGGGGGUGCAGUGUGUGGUGGGGCCUGCUGAUGGGCUGUGGCCACGUGUCCGGUGUGCCUGGUCGACAUCCUGGUGCGUUGGGUUGCAUGGACGCACGUGCCCAGCAGCCCCGUGCCAGUCUGUCGCUUGUGAGGUGCGAGUGCGCACGAUGCAUGGGCGCAGGGAGCCACUUCCGGGCCCACGGGGGCAAAGGGCAUGCGCUACGCAGCUACUGUUGUGGUCGUGCGCGAAUGGCUGGAAGCCGAGGCGCCGAUUGUGAGAAUGUGAGGCCGUCAUCUACCGUAUGUCCUGG